AUGGACACUGAGUAUCAAGCACUUCGUCGCAACAAGACUUGGCAUUUGGUUCAUCCACCACACGACAAGAAUAUAAUUGACUGCAAAUGGGUCUAUAAAGUGAAGCAACGAGCAGAUGGAUCCAUUGAUCGUUACAAGGCAAGACUUGUUGCUAAAGGUUACAAGCAGAGGUAUGGAAUUGAUUAUGAAGAUACUUUUAGUCCCGUUGUCAAGGCGGCAACCAUACAUCUUAUUUUGUCCAUAGCUGUUUCAAAGGGGUGGACUCUCAGGCAACUUGAUUUUCAAAAUGCAUUUUUGCAUGGAGUUCUUGAAGAGGAAGUAUACAUGCGUCAACCCCCUGGAUAUGUUGACAAGGAUAGGCCGAAUUGGGUGUGUAAACUUGAUAAAGCACUCUACGGUCUCAAACAAGCACCUCACGCCUGGUAUGCUCGGUUGUGUGGCAAGCUUGAAACUCUAGGAUUUGUUCCAUCCAAGGCAGAUACGUCUUUGUUUUAUUAUCAAAAAGGUCGACAUACUAUCUUUGUUUUGGUUUAUGUUGAUGACAUAAUUGUGGCUAGCUCGUCCAAAGAUGCUACUGAUGCUUUGCUCCGAGAUUUGGAAUGGGACUUUGCACUCAAGGAUCUAGGUGAUCUUCAUUACUUCUUGGGCAUCGAAGUCAAGAGAUCAAGGGAUGGUCUCCUAUUGUCUCAACAGCGCUAUGCUACUGAUGUUGUCAAGAGAGCUGUGUGUAUGCAGUAUGCAGUGUUGAAGCAUACAAUAUGCAGUGUUGAAGCAUAUAGUAUGCAGUGUAUGUCAAGGUUUGGAACUAGAGCUCGUCGAGGGUGGGAUGAAGAGGAUGAUCUGAUGAUGAUGACCUCUUCAUCAUUGCUGGUCUUCUUGAGGGCUCGAGGAGAAACAAGUGCAAGAAAAAGUUUCGUGGAUCGUUGCCGGGUCACCGCAAAGUGCCACGGAACAUUUCUGAAGGUCACAAUCGCAUCUAUCUAG